CACAAAUAAUUGCAUUAUUGAAGUUUUGAACUAUUAAAAAAUAAUUCGUUGCAAUUCGUUGUAUUGCUCGGGUUUACAGGUCUUAAUAUAAUUCAAUCGAAGCUUAUUUUCUUUAUUGUCUCACUCAUGCCCUUCUCUGAUGGUGAUAGGCUCUGCUAGAAAUUUUGUCUCUGGGAUGGAAAGUCAAAGGCUCAGGCUGAAUCAUAGCUGAUAGGUUAUAUUUUGAGUGUUUAUCAUGGACAUUGGUGUUUAGGAGACAAUUUCGGACAUUUUGUGCUUAGGAGACAUUAUUGACAGCAUUGGUAUUUACUAUUGCAAUAGAUAUUGGCUGGCUCAGAUAAUUGAAGCUGGAAACUUGUUUGUCCUGUAAUUAAAACCAUCAUCAAAUAGGUAGGUACUAGGUACCUACUUUCACAUCUUUUGUCCAAAUAGGUAAGUACCUAGUUCACUACUUCUGUGUUCCAAAAAUCCAUUUCAGCAUCACAAUUGCAUCUAAAAUUAGCUUUCAAAAGAAACGUCUUAGCUCGAUAAAAUUGCAUCAGUUGAAUAGAUAUCCGUAGCUAGGUACAUUGUAUGCGCUUUAGUUUAGUUUGUGUUAUGUACCAAGAAAUUAAAAAAAAAUAUUGUCUGCGUCACCCAAAAAAACUUAAAAAGAAAAGUUAUGUAUUUACUUUGAAAAAAGAAAAUAAAAGAUUUUUUUUUUGGCAGGACAUUUUGAGGUGCUUGCCUUCUAAUAUUUAAGUAGGUGCCAUAUUUCUGGAUCUGCAAAUGUACCUAGUUAUUUGUAAAAUAUAAUCUAGGUUUUGUCUAAUUGUUUUCUCUGUAUUUCUUUUUUCUUAGCCCCUGUUCCUCAAAAGGGCUGAAUCUGAUAGGUGUCUACAGCAAUGAUAUAUUAAACAUCUGACAACCUCAACCUGGGCAAUAAGCAUUACAGUGGAUAGUUAUUUUUUACAUCAAACCUCGACAAUAACAAGGACAUUUAUGCAACACCUUCCAACAAUAACAAUAUCUGUCACAUCUGUUGCAUUCCACCUUAAAAAGUCAUCAAAAUUGUGUUUCUUUAAUGAAAAAAACUGAAGUUUUACCAUGUUCUUCACUCACUUCAGUACCUACCUUCCUAUUUUCAGUGAUUGUAGUGCUAAUUAAUACUGUGUCUGGCUUUGUCAUUGUUUCCAGUAAUCCAAGAAUGUUGUCAUCACUAAUUCGCCUGCAGGCCUGUAGGACUGUGCCAUUGAAGAGCACCAUCUUGCAGGCUACCAGGGUGCCGCUGCGGACCCCAGUGAACCGGCCAGUGACGCGAUGGGCGCCUCGGCAGCCGGUGGGCAGAGCGCCGGCUCGGUCCGGCCGGCCCGUUCCACCUUUCUCCAUCCUGCCUCUCGGCCUGAGCGUGUCGGCUGUUUGCGUGUGGCGCUGGCGUCUGGGGAGCGUCACGGCACGUUGUGAGCACGAGCACAGUCGCGUGGUGCCGGAGGAGCCGGCGACGGAGCGACUGCGACUGGACUGGCGCCGCCUCUGGAGCCUGCUCAGACCCUACCUGCACUACCUGAUCGGAGCCGUCUGCAGUGCAGCCAUAGUGGCGCUAUGUAAUGUGGAGAUUCCACGUCUGCUGGGAGACCUGAUCAACGUGCUCACCCACUUCGCGUCUGCGGAGGGUGGCGGCCUCCACUUCACCGAUGAGCUGCGCGCACCGGCCCUGCGACUCAUCUCGUUCUAUGGACUUCAGUCUCUGUUCACGUUCGCCUACAUCGUGUGUCUGUCGUACAUGGGCGAGGGCAUGGCGGCCGACCUGCGCUCGCAGCUGUUUUCCGUGCUCAUGCAGCAAGACGUAGCCUUCUACGACCACCACAAGACGGGCGAGGUCAUCAACCGACUCACCACUGACGUCCAGGACUUCAAGAGCUCGUUCAAGAUGUGCGUGUCGCAGGGCAUGCGCAGCGUAGCGCAGGUGCUGGGCUGUGUGGCCGCUCUGUACCACAUGUCACCGCAGCUCACGCUCGGCUCAGCUGUGGUGAUCACCUCUGUGAUCAGUGUGGGUACACUGAUCGGCAGGGGACUGCGAGAGCUCUCCCGCGAGGCGCAGCAGCAGGUGGCGCACUCGACGGCGGUAGCUGAGGAAGCCGUCGGGAACGUACGAACGGUGCGAGCCUUCGCCAUGGAGGAUAGCGAGACGGAAAUAUACGUGGAGGAGGUGAACAAGUCUCGUGACAUGCAUAUCCGGCUGGGAAUUGGCAUCGGCUGCUUCCAGGCAGGCGCCAACCUGUUCAUGAACAGCGUGGUGCUGGCUACUCUCUACUACGGCGGCUACCUGAUGUCCAUGCAGCAGCUCUCGGCCGGCGACCUGAUGUCCUUCCUCGUGGCAUCUCAGACCAUCCAGCGCUCCCUGGCGCAAAUGUCCAUCCUGUUUGGGACGUUCGUGCGUGGGAUGAGCGCUGGUGCACGUGUGUUUGAGUACAUCAACCUGAAGUCUGAGAUCCCGAUCCGCGGCGGUGAUAUAAUUCCUGUCAGUCAGCUGACUGGCAGCGUGGAGUUCCGUGACGUUACAUUCAGCUACCCCACCCGGCCCGGAGUGACGGUGCUGGACGGCCUUCAGCUGAAGGUGCCGUCGGGUCACAUGCUCGCCCUGGUCGGAUACUCUGGAGGAGGAAAGUCCACCUGUGCGGCUCUGCUGGAGAGGUUCUAUGACCCGGUAUCUGGCCAGGUUCUCCUAGACGGUCACGACCUGCGCUCUCUGGACCCUCACUGGCUGCGCGGCCGUGUCAUUGGCUACAUCAACCAGGAGCCGGUGCUGUUCGCCACCUCCAUCCGGGAGAACAUUCGCUACGGCAGGGAGGACGCCACUGAUGAGGAGGUGAUGCAGGCGGCGCGCCUGGCCAACGCGCAUCACUUCAUCUCCGACCUGCCGGACGGUUACGACACGGCGGUCGGCGAGCGGGGAGUCACCCUGUCCGGCGGUCAGAAGCAGCGCGUGGCCAUCGCACGAGCGCUCCUCAAGGACCCGCGCAUCCUCGUGUUGGAUGAGGCAACUAGCGCGCUGGACGCCGAGUCUGAGAAGGUGGUGCAGGAGGCGCUGGACCGGGUGGUGACGGGUCGGACCGUACUGGUGAUCGCCCAUCGGCUCUCCACCGUCAGACACGCCGACUGCAUCGCCGUUAUCGCCAACGGCAGGGUGGCAGAGAUGGGCUCACACGCCGAACUGGUCAAGAAGAAGGGCCUAUACUGGGACCUGGUGAAACACAACACACUACAAGGCGAGGGUGGCGUUCAGGCCGACACUCGUUCAUUGUAACUACGGUGCCAGGGGCCUGUGGAGGCUUUAGAUACCAAUUAUAGUCUGUGAUCUAUGUAGACAGAGGAUAGGUGUGCCGGGAAUAGAGUAACGGGUAGGAACAACGAUGAAAACGAACAGCAGUUCGGUACGGUACUGGCUGCGGAAGCCGUCUUAUAUCAUGAACAGAAUGAUUGCCCGAUGUCCGUCUGUUUGUGUGCAGAAGUUUGUGGUGUUUGUAUACGGUCCAGCUGCGAGCGACCGGUCGAUCGCACGCCAGCGGGCGUUUUAGUCCGUGAGAGAUCCCGCCAGAUCGUGAGUCACUCGUGAGUCAUUGGUGAGUCGACAGUGAGUCGACGGUUAUUUGUUCACGCUUCGUGAGUCGCAUGACGACUCCAUGGCCUCGGCCCCGGGCCCGGUUUUAUGCAGUGCAAUCAGUGUUGGUACUUUGGAUUGAGUGGCGAAUGAGGUAGCGCGGGUUACACAAUUUUAACGGCUGAUCCACUCAGGUGAAGUAAUUUAAAGCAUACGAGGUGAAGAAAUCAGCGAUAGCUUGUGUCACGUCAGCAUAGAUAAUAUGCUUUACAAAUGAUUUGUAGUGCCAGUUGAUACUCUCAGAUACUGGAGUGUGACGCGUUACCCAGUAUUUUUAGGUGGCACUCUGUGAUUGCUCGUUAGUGUGAAUGGGUUAUAUCAUCCACAUCGUGGGCGUGUAUUGUAUUCUGUGGUGUCACAAUCAAUACCUCAAUGGAGUGAUCAAACAAUACACCCAUGCAUUAUCUUUUGAUCA